CCCUAAGCCGGGGACACCGCAGGGGAAGGCGUCUUCGUACUCGCCCUCUCUCUGCGCCUCCGCCGCCGCCAUGAGGGAGUGCAUCUCGAUCCACAUCGGGCAGGCCGGCAUCCAGGUCGGGAACGCGUGCUGGGAGCUCUACUGCCUCGAGCAUGGCAUCCAGCCUGAUGGACAGAUGCCUGGUGACAAGACUGUUGGUGGAGGUGAUGAUGCUUUCAACACCUUCUUCAGUGAGACUGGUGCUGGGAAGCAUGUCCCCCGUGCCGUCUUUGUGGAUCUUGAGCCUACUGUGAUUGAUGAGGUGAGGACUGGUACCUAUCGCCAGCUCUUCCACCCUGAGCAGCUCAUCAGUGGCAAGGAGGAUGCAGCCAACAACUUUGCCCGUGGUCACUACACCAUUGGCAAGGAGAUUGUUGAUCUGUGCCUUGACCGCAUCAGGAAGCUUGCCGACAACUGCACUGGUCUCCAAGGAUUCCUCGUGUUCAACGCUGUCGGAGGAGGAACGGGUUCUGGUCUUGGUUCCCUUCUCCUUGAGCGUCUCUCUGUGGACUAUGGCAAGAAGUCCAAGCUUGGGUUCACCGUGUACCCAUCCCCUCAGGUCUCCACCUCCGUGGUUGAGCCCUACAACAGUGUCCUCUCCACCCACUCCCUCCUUGAGCACACUGACGUUGCUAUCCUGCUCGACAACGAAGCCAUCUAUGACAUCUGCCGCCGCUCCCUUGACAUUGAGCGCCCAUCCUACACCAACCUCAACAGGCUUGUAUCUCAGGUCAUCUCUUCACUUACUGCGUCCCUGAGGUUUGACGGCGCUCUGAACGUCGAUGUCAACGAGUUCCAGACCAACCUUGUGCCCUACCCGAGGAUCCACUUCAUGCUUUCGUCGUACGCUCCGGUGAUCUCGGCCGAGAAGGCGUACCACGAGCAGCUGUCGGUGGCGGAGAUCACCAACAGUGCGUUCGAGCCGUCGUCGAUGAUGGCCAAGUGCGACCCGCGGCACGGGAAGUACAUGGCGUGCUGCCUGAUGUACCGCGGCGACGUGGUGCCCAAGGACGUGAAUGCGGCGGUGGCGACCAUCAAGACGAAGCGCACCAUCCAGUUCGUGGACUGGUGCCCGACGGGGUUCAAGUGCGGCAUCAACUACCAGCCGCCCAGCGUCGUCCCCGGCGGUGACCUGGCCAAGGUGCAGAGGGCCGUGUGCAUGAUCUCCAACUCCACCAGCGUCGUCGAGGUGUUCUCCCGCAUCGACCACAAGUUCGACCUCAUGUACGCCAAGCGCGCCUUCGUCCACUGGUACGUUGGCGAGGGCAUGGAGGAGGGGGAGUUCUCCGAGGCCCGCGAGGACCUCGCCGCGCUGGAGAAGGACUACGAGGAGGUCGGCGCCGAGUUUGAUGAGGGUGACGACGGCGACGAGGGUGACGACUACUAGAUUACUUGCUUCGUCUUCCUCGUGCUGCUGCUGCUGCUGCUGCUUAAAUCCUGUGAUCUGCCUCUGGGUUCUGUCUGUUUGAAACAUUUUGCUUUUUCUCAUGUAACCUGUGUUAUGUGUGAAUCUGCUUCGUAUAGUUCUUUAAUACCAAUGUCCUCUGAUGCCUUGUGCUGUUUCUUGUGUUUGCCUUUCGUUUGUUGUCAAAGUGCAAAGCUUAGGCAAUAAAAUUGGUCCAAAGUGCACUCUGCUAA